AUGCACACAGCACAGUUACAAUUAACUGUCCGAGUGCCUUUAAGCAGUUUUGGCAUAAUGUGCUAUUACCUCCUGGACCGCGAGUUCGGCGUCUUCCGGUGUCCUCACUGCCCGAGAAGGUUCAGGCACCAGGGCCACCUUAUCCGGCACGUGAAGACUGCCCACGCCGAAGAAGCGGACCGCCCGUUUCCGUUCCUCUGCCAACACUGUGGCCUCAAUUUCGACCAGAGGGACGCCUUCCUGGACCACCUCUCCACCCAUGCCGGCAAUCCCGCCUACAAAUGCCGGCACUGCCCAGCGUCGUUCUUCAGCGACUUCCAGCUGAUGGUCCACAAGCAGAGGUUUCAUCCGGCCAAGUGUCCACCGUACACCCCGCCAACAUCAGAUUGUUCAUUAGCAGACUGGAAGACCGCGGCCGUCAAGGUUGAGCCAUACCGCUGCGAACGGUGCCCCGAAGCGUUUGAUCAGCCGUCACUGCUGAUGAGGCACCGGCUGAUGCGUCAUUCCAAUAUGGAGCUGUUUCAGUGCCACCUCUGCCCCAAGGACUUUAUCAGAAGGGGACACCUCGCGAGGCACCUACGUACCCACACGCAGGCGCCGCCGUAG